AUGGAGACAACCAAAGUCAUUGGGCCUAGCGGCCUUGCUCCAAUUACUCUGCAGCGAUUGGCAGAGAUUCGCAUCACCACUGAGGUCAUCUACAAGAUGAUCACCAACAGCAACAUGAUCAGUCUGGAGGAGAGUGCCCAUGCUCCUAUUGAUGUCCGUAACAAGGCUCGUGCUGAUCGCCUCGCUGGCGUGCACACGGUCUCAGCUUCCCUGACCACUCGUCGUUUUACCCAGAUGGGCUUCAAGGAGCCUAAGCUGUAUGAUGCCUCGAAGGAUAUUGAGCUGGCCAUGCAGGCCAAAAAGGACGAGAAAGCUGCUACUUCCCCUGAUGCCGCUCAGGAGACUGCCACUCCUCGUGCCCCUGCUUCGUGUGCCCCCGCCAAGGAGACUUCUGGCAUUGAUCCGCGUGCUAAGCCAUUUGUUCCUGCUGCCAACCCUGCUGGAUCCAAGGACAAAGCUGGUGAAUGCAGGGAUACAGACAACGACUCCACCGCUGGCUCCAAAGCAUCCCAGAAGGCCGAGUCCGUCGCGGAUGAGCCUACUGACUCUUCCAAGAAACCCAGAGGUGUUACUGCCCCAGCUGACUUCAUGAAGCAAGUCCGUUUGCUCCACCUGCAGAAGCAGAUGGCACCCAAGGUUGUGCCUACCGGACCUCCUCGUCGGAUCGUUUUCGGAGAUCUUCCUGACUGGGCCAACGUCUCCAGCAUCCUUCAGCUCGUCUACGGCGGUGCUAUCGAGCGCUCUUGGAGUGAGGAUGGCCACGUCGUCGUGCAGUUUGUUGAGCAAGACGACUGCAUUAAAUACCAUGAGAACCACUCUGAUGGAAUCAAGUUGAAGGAUGGUGAUGACGACGUCACUAUCUCUGUUACCAUGCCCGAGGAGGGCCUGAAGGACAAUAACGAGCUUUCGAAGCGUGUCGAAGAUGGUGCUUCCCGCAUCGUUUGCCUCUCUGGCCUUUCCCCCGGCUUCCAGACUAGCGACAACGAGAACAUCUUGGGUAUUGCCGCUGACCCUGCCUGGGGUGCCAAGAGCUUCGAACGCAUCAUGAUCAAGCAAGCUGAGUCUGGCAUUGACAUCCAGGUUUCCUUCUAUGAUCUCCAUGACGGUUGGGAGUUCUUGCAGACCAUCAAGGAGGGCGCGUAUGACUGCAUCGCCAGCUUUGAAAUUGAUCCAUGCGCUCUCGCCCAGGGUUUCCACUUCAUGGAUGAGCCCAACCUGAUGUUCUCUGGCAUUCUCGCCGUUGACUAG